CACGCUAUAUGAACCCCGACUGCGUGCGGGAGGAAGAUACACAUGCUGCUAAACCGAAUGGGUUAAUAAAGAGUGUGGCUUUCAUCAUCCAGCAGCUGACCAAGGGAUGCGGUGAUAUUUUAUGCGCUGGUACGAACUCUUAAGAAGGACGUUGUUGGCGGGAAAGUGUGGAAGUCUACUCAACGAGCACUGAGAAGGCAGUUCUUCUAGAAGCACCAUGAGCUGGAGUUUUCUUACACGGCUGUUGGAUGAGAUCUCCAACCACUCCACUUUUGUGGGCAAGAUCUGGCUCACGUUAUUUAUCAUCUUCCGCAUCGUGUUGACUGUAGUGGGGGGAGAAUCGAUAUACUACGAUGAACAGAGCAAAUUCAUUUGCAACACCCAGCAACCUGGAUGUGAGAAUGUCUGCUAUGAUGCAUUUGCACCCCUCUCUCAUGUCCGGUUCUGGGUUUUUCAGAUUAUCUUGAUUACAACCCCCACUAUUAUGUACCUGGGCUUCGCUAUGCACAAGAUUGCUCGCUUGGCAGAUGAUGAGUACAAACCACGGAACAGGAAACACAUCCCCAUGGUCAACCGCGGAGCCAACCGUGAUUACGAGGAGGCGGAGGACAACGGUGAGGAAGACCCGAUGAUGUCAGAGGAGAUCUUGCCAGAGAAAGAGAAGACACCUGAGAAGCCCGCCGUCAAACACGAUGGACGGCGAAGAAUUAAGCGUGACGGGCUCAUGAAGGUCUACAUACUGCAGCUCUUUUCACGGAUUAUUUUCGAGGUGGGCUUUCUCUUUGGCCAGUAUAUCCUAUAUGGUUUUGAGGUUGCCCCCUCGUAUGUGUGCACACGCAGCCCAUGCCCGCACACAGUGGAUUGCUUUGUUUCACGUCCGACAGAGAAAACCAUCUUCUUGCUGAUCAUGUAUGCUGUGAGUUGUCUCUGCUUGUCUCUCACAGUGCUGGAGAUUCUUCAUUUAGGCAUCAGUGGAAUCCGUGAUGCUUUCCGGCGGCGUGCACGACAUCACAGUGUUGCACACCCACGUGGCGCCAUAUGUGGACAGGUGCCCACGGCCCCACCUGGUUACCACACUGCCCUGAAGAAGGACAAAUUGUCCAUGGGAAUGAAACCGGAGUAUAACCUGGACUCGGGUCGGGAGUCUCUAGGUGACAACACAUCAAGAGAUAUUGACCGCAUUCGUAGACAUCUCAAACUGGCUCAGCAACACCUGGAUCUGGCCUAUCAGAAUGGAGAGAGCAGUCCUUCACGCAGCAGCAGCCCAGAGUCCAACGGCACCGCUGUUGAGCAGAAUAGACUCAACUUCGCUCAGGAGAAGCAAGGAACCACAUGUGAAAAAGGGAUCCGCGCUUGAGUGAGAACAGGGACCAUCAUCUGCUUUCUUGUACAGAGAAGCACUCCACCUGUGGUUGGCAUUGCUCAUCUGGGAAAGUGGACCGCAUCUACGUUUGUGUAUUUUAUGUUUGGCUGCUCUAAAAGGGUUGUGAAGCAACUUGAGACUGAGUUGAGCAUGUGUGUUCGUGCACACUGGUGAAUUAGUGAGAACAUGCCAUGCAGUAUUAUGGCAAGCGAAUGCCAAGUUAAAAUCUCAAAAGCGGCAUCUCACCAGCCAGUUAUACUUGACACCAGCCAGUCUGCCUGAUACUCCAAAGUGCCCAAAAGCUAGUUAGGAAGAUGGCAAGCUUUAAGAACUCCUAGGCGACUGUGCAAUGUCUUUAUCUCCUCUCUUCAUAUCUCUUUUUUUUUUCUUUUUUUUUUUUCUUCUUCUUACGAAAAUAAAUCAGUGGUUCUUCCAUUUUGUUUACCACACUUCUAAAGUGCCAAGUGUUGCAUCUCAAAUGCCUUAAAUCUUAAAACUGGAGUUUACAUGAAUCCUGUCAUUCCAAAAUGAGAUGUAUAAGCAAGUGUAAAACCACAGUUUAAUGUAGAUUUAUGCCUGUUGUAGUUUAGAACAGUUCUGUGUUUUUCAGUAGUGGAUCACAAUUGUUGUAUAUUUGUGUUUGUGGACUAGACGGGGCUCCUGUCAUUUAAAGGGUAGUUCGCCCUAAAAUUUAAAUUCUGUCAUUUAAUUACCCUCAUGGUUUCAAACCUGUAUGUCUUUCUUCCAUGGAACACAAAAUUAGAUUUUUGCCAGAAUGUUUGCCUCGGGGGGUAGGAUGCAAUGAAAGUGUACAUGGAGGCUUGUAUUCUGCAUUACAUCUCCUUUUGUGUUCCAUGGAAGAAAGACAUACAGGUUUGGAAUGACAUGAUGGUGAAUUAGUAAGGGCAGAAUUAAACAAUUUUUGGAUGAACUAUCCCUUUUGAGAGGACUGAAUAUUUGGUGCCAUACGUGUUUGGCCUGUGCGUUUGGAUCUCAUAAACGGAGUCCUCAUUUAGCUGUAUUAACUGGACAGCGGUAAACUGGAAAGGCCUGAGGUACUAGCAGUUGCAGUCUCUCUCAGUUUUUGUGACUGAGCAUUGCAUCGCAUCUGGAACCCUAAAGUCAUUUUGUGAUGCCUUUUGUCCAAAUGAACAAAAUGGAAACCUGGAAAAUGCUUGAAAACUUGAAACUUAAUUAUUGUCCUACAUGGAGGCUUUUGAUGUUGUUGCAUAUUGUGUUAAUUUGUUGUAUAUGAGAAGUGUUGCUAACUGUACCACUCUAUUUUGAGGAGGCUUCUCUGUAAACAACAAUAGUUCCAGGUUUGUUUUUGUUUUUUUGUUUUUUUUACUGCUUUUGUUACAUUUUCUGAACCUUUUGGCUUGCAACUAUGAGAGGUACACCCAAUAUUUGGAGAAUGUCUAAAUGUUUUUCUGUAGAUGCAAUUGAAAGCACUAGUAAAGGAUGUUUCAAUUAUUUCACAACUUGCAUUUUGUUUAUUUUCUCCAUUUCUAAAAGAGAAUUUAUACCAUCUUAUGUCUCUAAGAUCAUUUACCAAUUUCAGUGUGUAUUUUUGCCUCUAUGCAAAUACAAAUCAUAAGAUGGUUCAAAUGGAGUCUAAGUGAAUGCGGUUUACUUUUUGUAAUAGCAAUAUCUCAACUGAACCAUAACUGAGAGCCUAAUAUUUUAUACAUUAAGUACAUAAACAAUGCAAUCUGUCAUCUUUCAACAGCCAGGUUUUCCAACUUUUUGAAACUUUCAGCAUCUCAAUUUGUUUACAUUUUCCAAUGUUUUUGUACGUUUUUGUAAAAAAGGUAUUUUGUGAUAUGUCAAAAUAAACAUU